AGAAGAGAAGAGAGAGAGAGAGAGGGAGUGGGUCUGUGGGGUUCAAGGAGAAUAGAAAGAGAGAGAGAGAGAGAGGAGAGAGAGAAAGCCACGUGCACUGAUAUACAGCAGGUGGAGCCGCCGUCGUUGUCUCCGAUGAGGGCUUGAACGCGGUUCCAAGUGAAGUAUGAUGAUGGUAAUGAGAACUGAACAAGAGCAUACUGAGACUGAAGGCAGUAAGACAAAGAAGAAGAAGAGACAAGAUGGAACAUCUCGCCCGGCGUGCUCUUGGGUGCAUUUUAGCCGUGAAUUUAUCAAGGAGUACACUGCUACCCAUCCCGAAUCUUCAGGCUUGAAAGUGGCCACAAAAGCUGCCUCAGAUGCAUGGAAAUUAAUGACUCCAGAAGAAAAGGCAAAAUACACUAAUCGAGCUCGUGAAGUAUGGGAUAAGUACUUGAGCACUACACCAGCUCGUACUCCCAAGCCAAGAAGACAGACCAAACUUGUUACAAGGUGCUCACCUGGCCGAUUAUUAAAUGUGUUGCAAAGACUAACUCCUGACCAAAGGGAUGCUGUAAAGAGCAUGGGAUUUGGUAGUAUCCUUAAUCUCAAAUGCCGCACUCUUCGCCGCAGUUUGUGCCUCUGGUUAUUGGAGAAGUUCAAUACCGUUAGGCGAAGCUUAGAGAUUUGUGGCGAGCGCAUACCUUUAACUGCUCGAGAUGUUGAACUGGUGAUGGGAUUGUCAUCGAGUGGGAAAGAUGUGGUUAACUCUGGACCGGAUGAGUUAAUUGCUGAGUUACGCAAAAAUUACAACGCAACGAAUCGUGGGAUUUCUGUGCGGUUAUUGGAGGAGAGGUUAGCAGUACCAGAAGCUGGAGAAGAUUUUCAAAGAUCCUUUCUCCUUUAUGUGUUGGGCACUCUUCUGUGCCCCACAGCAAGACUGGAUGUUAGCCCAUCGUUUCUCCAUUUCUUGACGAACAUGGAAGUUGUCCACCAAUAUAACUGGGGGAAGUUUUUACUUGACCGGCUAGUUCGAGAGGUAGCCCGUUAUCGUCAAGGAAAGCAACGUGCAGUUGGUGGUUGUCUUUUGUUUCUACAGCUCUUUUACUACGAGAGUGUUGCUGUUGGAGAACCCUCUGAACUAUCGCCUGCUAUUUUUCCAUGCCUAGCCUCUUGGGGUGAAGAAGAAAUUAGCGAGAGAGAAAAGCAAGAGAGAGAGCUUGGAGGCUAUGGAUGCGGAGAGGUGGUUUGCAAAGAAAGAGGCUUAGGGAUGGGAACGCUGGCUUUUAGAAAUCAGCCAGACAGCAUUCAUUCGGCAUUAAUGCAACCAGAGCUUGAAAAUUAUGCUCUACUUGAGCAAGGGUAUCAGGUUGUCGGGGAAGAUCAACUCAACGGAGGCAUGUUUACGGCAGAGGAGAAUAUUCCGAUGAGUGGCAACGAGGGCAACAAUGCCGUCUGUGUGGACAUCGAAAUAGCAGACCCCGUUCGAGCACCAUGCAGAAACGCGCAGUACGGCUGUGAAGAAAUCGUCGACUACACCAAAAGAAAAGAGCACGAAAGUCUCUGCAUUUCUUCGCCAUGUGCUUGCCCGCUCCAAAAGUGCCACUUCAUCGGCUCAUCCGCACAGCUGUCGGAGCAUUUCAGCGGCAAGCAUUGGGAUUCGGGCAGGCGUUUUCAGUACAACAGCCCUUUAGCCAUAACCUUAAACAAGAACGAAGCCUUUUUAGUACUACAGUCCGAAAAAGACGGUGCACUCUUUCUCCUCAGUAAAGGAACAGAGAGCAUCGGCUACACUGUGAUGAUAACCUGCAUAAACCCUAGCUCUUCGAGCGAACAGUACUUGUACGACGUCGUGUCUGAAAGAGGGAACACAUGUCUGAGAUUGAAGUCGUACACUAAUAAUUACCCGGGUAGGGUCGAAGGCUCCCCGCCCGUGGAUUUCCUCCUUGUUCCGUUUGAUUUUGUGGGGCCCACUGGCAAGCUGGAUUUGGAGAUGUGUAUAUGGAACUCGACUGAUAUAGGCGCUGAUUGAAGUUUUUGAUUGGCUUAAUAAAGGUUGCUCACUCUCUCUCUCUCUCUCUAAAUUGUUCGUGAAAGGUGUACUUAUCGGAUUUCGGGAAAGGGUUUUUUUGUUCUUCGUUUUUUCUAAAUCAUAUAUAUGUCUGUUUGUUGUACAUUUAGUCAGGUAGGUGUACAAUAGAGGCUGGCUGGCUGACUCAAGAAGAGGAUUGUUCCUUUUUCUUGUUUUACUUCUUUUUUUAUUUAUUUAUGAAUUACAAAGGUUACAAAUCUUCUUUGACUUGUGCCGUUUUAAGUUAUGUUUUGGGGGAUACAUUUUGUAGAUGUGGUUACUUUUGCAGCUAUAAGAGUAAUACAUACUUUCUAUUGAAUGCUU